ACCGGCAUAGCAUUUAGAACUAUAGAAUGGUACAUCUUUUGAACCAUGAACUGAACACUUGUCAUUCCCUGUAUUUGAAUGUGCGUUUCAGGUCUCUGAGAGAGGAGGCGAUGAGAUCAGAGGUACGGUGGUGGGGAGAGGUGAUCUGAAACAACAUUGUGAGAAGGAUAGAAAAAAGGCACAUUGGGGGAGGUUGAGAUGACGGCAGGGUAGGAGAGUUGAUGAGAAGAGGGAGGAAGGGAAGUAGGAGGCGGCUGAACAGGCCGUACAGACAGAAAGGCGCAUCGAGGAAGACACCUAUGUCAAGCUGCAAUAGUCAAGGUUCCUUACAGUUAACUGACAGAGUGGAAAACAGUGUUAAAUAGGGAGAGUGGUAUGACAGAGAUUUGAGCAACAGAGGUAUGGUAUACUGUAGAUCAAAUGGUUCCAAAAUGACGCAUCUCAGUGUAGCUGACGACUGAGCUGGUCUGGGGAUUGGAUUGGGAUCAACUCGGCCUGAACUCGACCUCCGGUUUAGAACCAGUCUCAUUGACCACCUGGCAGAUCAUCAGCGACUUACGACCUAACGCUCUGUUGGGAAUCUACACAAAUCGUGCCGACAGCGAUGGAGGUGUCUAUGCAGCUGUAUGCGUUGCUGCUGAGUGGAGCGGUCCUCCUGUCACUCAUCCUGUUGACUGGCCUGUGUCUUCGCUGCAGAAGACACAACCUGCCUACGUCCAUUCAGCAGCGUUACAGUGAGGAUUACACUCAGCACACCCCAGGAUUCGGCUUGGCCCACCCACCAUACAACCCCUCUUCAGCCACAAGCUGGGGUGCUCCCCCUUCUAGCCUCCUUUCACCCAUUUCACCACAGAUCGUUCUGAGACCGAACUCUGUCACCCCAACUGAAAAUGAGAGUAAUGACGGCUAUGAGAGUCCAGGAGAAGAGUAUGUCAACGAGGUGAUGGAUGACUAUGAACCAGGAUCAGGCUACCUAAUAGUGUUACCAUCAGAUCUUCCUGGGACUGGGUCUCUGCGUCAUUCCAACCAAUGUCUCAUCUCCAAAAGCUCCCAAAGCACAGAAAACAGUGGCGCGGUUGGCAAUAUGAACGUCGACGUGGAAAAGAGUGAUGACAGUGAUGAUGGCAGCAACGACUAUGUCAAUACUAAAGAAAGCAAUGACGCGGAGGUCAAUGUCGACUUGGGAAAGAGUGAUGACAGUGAUGAAGGCAGCAACGACUAUGUCAAUACUAAAGAAAAUAGUGGCGCAGAGGGCAAUAUGAAUGUCGUUGUGGAAAAGAGCGAUGACAGUGAUGACGAAGGCAACGACUAUGUCAAUACUAAAGACAUGUGAAGCCUCCCCAUCACGUAGCAGAUUCUGACGGGGAGGGAAUUGAGUCGAUCGACUGGAUUUAUCAUGAGUGCAACCAAGUUUCAAAGGGAAACCUACACAGCGUAACUAACAUCUUCAUAGGGGUUCUGCAAUAUGGACAAGAGCACUGUGCAACUCACUGCUGUGGCUGAUGAAACAUUUCAAAAGACCUUAACCUCAUCCACCAGCUGUCUCUGAACUAUGCGGUAAUAAUUAAGGCCUAGGGAGAACAUGUUCUAAGUUUUAUUGUAUGGUGUAGGGCAAAUGUCUUCGAACACAUCUCUUGGUGCCCCAGCUGCAACCAUAAUGUUAAAUUAAGCUCUUUCCUGACUAUUGAAGAGAGAGGAUGACAGUGGGGAAAAGUGGUGUCGUAGGGCAGAUUUGAACCCAUGUUGACACCGCGGCAUUAUUGUUUUCAAUGUAUGGAUUUGCUGACAACUCCUGAGAAUGUUCGUUCUAGUUUACUCUUUUUCUAAGCUAUAUUUCUUAUUACUGUGGAUUCAAAUCUGGUUUGGAUUUUUUUUUUUGUCAAUAUAAGAAAUGCUUUGCCAUAAUCUAUAGCCCUAUCCUGUCCGAAUAAGUUUUACUGGGGGAGCUCAGUUAAUGUAAUGUGCACAAAUCACCACAUCCAUAGUUUUUCCCAUCCAGUCAUUUUUAAAAUUAUCCCAUCCCAGGUCCUCUUAUACUUAUCCUGUCAUCCCUGUGUUGAGGGAUAUUAGAGUAACAGGUGCUGCACCCAGUUUGGGAAAGAACAUGAACAAAUGCUUAAAAAUACACUUUGGAUGUAACCUACAGAUGAAUGAACUUGUGUCACAUCAACUGUCUUAGUGCCAUACUUUUAAAAGAUGAAGUGGAAAAUAUUGUGCCAAUGAAUUGAUAAAUGUUACAGAUCAUGGUUUUUAUUGACUUUCUAUACACUGAAAGCCAUUAGGUCAAUAUUGGGAGAGCCUCCAGGCAACCAUCAUGAGGAAGGAAAAAAAAGAAUUAGGGGCAGUUUGGAAAAAUGGACAAGCUGGAUAUGAAUUACAUAGCCAACGUUCUAUAGUAAUACUAGUCCUGUGCGGAUAGGGCUUAUGAACCAUUGUGAUGUUUUCUGAAUGAAUUGAAGCUGAUAUGGAUGGCAUAGUUCACUAUUAAAGAUGUGGUUCAAAUCAGUAA